AUGGAGUGGGUGCCCGAUCAGAAGGUGCUCUUAGAAGUAUCAGAAUUAUUACGGAAUGCACAGAACACGGCCCCAGGCGUGCAACAGCGGCUGAGCGAAGCCGUGCAGAUGUUGAUGAACCUGCCGGAGGGUGUGGCCAUUUUGGCGACGGUGUUUGCUAAUGCGCAGACGGAGUCGGAGGAGACGCGGCAGGUGGCGGGGCUGUUGCUGAAGAACGUCAUGAUAAACUCGUCUGCGGUUAAGCCGGCUGCCGCUGAAUACGCAAAGAAGGUUGUAUUGGCGUCGCUGGGCGACCCCUCCAAGGUCGUCCGGUCGACAGCGGGCAGUAUCGUAACUGCCAUCCUCACCAAGGUGGGCUGCGACAAGUGGCCCGAAGCGUUAGCAACCUUGAACGUGGAAACCGCGCCGAACAUAGACAUAGCCGCUACGAUUCUGGAAACAUUCAAGAAGAUUGCCGAAGAUGAGCUCGAGAGCAUGUCGUACGAAUCGAACGAUACGGCCUUUAUGCUCAUGAGCAACCAGCACUUCUUGCCCAUGCUAUUCCGACUCGCCAAUAACGACGGAGUCCACGACGUCCUCAAGACUUUCGCCCUGGAAAUACUCGAACUAUAUAGCAGCAGACACGCGUUUGCAAAAUCCGAAUUCGCAGACACGUACUUCCCCCAGUUCUGGGACACACUGGGCAGAGCCGCGCUAAACCCAAAUCCUGCCAAUAAACUGGCCGUGGUCAAAUCUUUCAGUGCCGUCUUGGAAUAUGACGUCGAAAAGAUCAUGGAGAAUGCCAAUAUAAUCCUGGAGUUCUUUGUGACGUGUUCGGGUGACCCUGAUUAUUACGUCCGUCUGGCGGCACUGAAUUUUUGGCCGGAGUUUAUCCGGGAGUCGACUGCCCCGCGGUUACUAGAGCCCUUUGCUCCUCGGUUGGUCGCCAUUUUAGUGGAGCAAACCAAGUACUCAGACCGCGACUUUGCGGAUAUGGAACCAGGAGUAACUGAAGAUGAUAAUGCGGAGGUACCCGACUUCACCAAUAUGGCCCCAUGGCAACGCUCUAGACCGGAGGACCCGGACGACGACGAGGAGGAAUAUGCCGCCUGGGGCAACCAUUGGACGGUACGAAAGGCUGCCGGUUUGGCCAUCGAUACACUCGCCGUCUAUUGCCCCGACUCAAUCCUGCCCGUCUGUCUACAGGCGAUUGAACUGAAACUAAACAACACCGGCUCCUGGGAAGAGAGAGAGAGUGGUGUCCUCAUUCUCGGAGCCAUUGCACAGGGCUGCCUUCCCAAGCUUGAUCAGUUCGUGCCGAAAGUGCUCGAACUGCUCGUUAAACUCAGCUCGGACAAAAAGCCUUUACUGCGAAGCAUCUCCUGCUGGUGCAUAGGGAGAUACGCCGGCUGGUACUGCCGCCCCGAGAACUCUCCCCGAUAUCUCGAAACUGUUGUCAUGGCGCUCCUAGUCAGAAUGGUGGAUAGGAACAAGGGUGUUCAGGAAGCUGCGUGCAGCGCCGUUGCCGUGAUGGAAGAAUCGGCCAAGGAUGCUUUGAUUCCCUUUUUGCCCACGAUGUAUGAGUGCUUUGCACAGUGUUUGAGAUUGUACCAAACGAAAAACAUGGCGUUGUUGUUCGACGCCAUAGGAUGUCUGGCGAUGUCGGUAGGUUCUGGCAUCGCGGAGGCGCACCCGGCUAGUGUAACGCAGGUGUUGUUUGCACCGUUGUUCGAGAAGUGGUCUUCGCUGAAUCCGGAGAGCUACGAGUCGGGAAGUUGUUGCGAAUGCAUGCUCAAUUUAACGCAUGUUUUGGGUCCUGUAGUUCUCCCUAUGUCGAAGGUCCUGGUGGACCAGUCGCUGACGUUUAUUGAGCACCAGUUAUUGAAGAUUAAGACGGAUAAGACGCAUCGAUCUACGGCGGUGGUGGAGACGUGUUUCGAUCUGCUCUCGGCAGUGUGCAAUGCAGCGGGACCGCAGUCCGCCGCGAUAUUCCAUAACACCAAGAUCCUGGAAAUAGUAACGGUGUGCUGUACGGACUCGGACGUGCUUCAGUUCGCUGCUGUGAAGCAGACCUUAUUUGCUUUUAUCGGAGACAUGUCUUGUAACUGUCUUCCAUUCAUGGCUCCGAUUCUGCCUCAGAUUCUACCCACUUUAGCUGACCAGUUGCUCCAUCAAUUAUGGGCUGUAUCUUCCAACGCCUCCUGGGCCUUGGGACAAAUGGUUGACGGAAUCGACCCUGAGAUUUUGAAGCCGCACCUAAAUAAAAUACUCAAGAAUCUCUUCAACGUCGCUGAGAAAGAAAGCGCCAACCCUUCCUUACGGCAGAACGCCUGCAUCACUAUUGGCCGCUUCGGAGAAAAAUGCCCAGCAGAAGUGGGCCCUUUGCUGGCACCUAUCAUAAGGUCCUGGUGUGAGGUCAUGCUCCCCUGCACCUGUGCUGAAAGAAUCAAAGCCUUGUGUGGCAUCAUGAAGGCCUACAUUCAGGCAGGCAAUCCAAAUCCCCAAGACUCUGAAAUACUCUACCAAUGUGGACGACGCUAUGUACAGUCGACCCAAAACAAAGACAACCCCGCGAUCAAAGAACUCGAAAACCGUAAGCUGGCCUCCUUCCCUCUGACGCUUCUCAAUCCCAGCGUUCCAGUGCCUUUAAUUCUUUACUUUCUCAGAUUUCCGGUAUAUAGUAGACUCCCAACCUUUUUUUGA